AGUUUGGCAGGCCAGAUGGGAGUGUCAUUCAGGUGUGCUUGCACCUUCCCCUUCACAUCUGUCUUUCAACUCGCUCUCUGACGGAUACUAGCCAUAUACAGACUUCAACACUACAUCUUUCUGAUUCAACUAGAUUGCAGAAGGAUGCUGGCGACUCUUGAGACAAUGGCAUACAUGCCUGAGCUGGGCCUUAGCGGAGGGCGGGGGGGCUGGGGCGGUCAUUCCACGGCCGAAGUGGAUCUGGAGGUGAUCGAGGAGUACCUGCAGGAGCACUCCCUGGAAGUGCAGCCGCUACGCAGGCCAGCCACCCCACCUGCCACCCCCACUCAGCCCACACUCACACACUCACACCCGGAGACCACAAUCAUAGAGAACAGUUGGUCAGGCCAACAUGCAUAUGAGUGGAACUACGGCUCUCACACACCACAUGAAGAGUAUGAGGAGCAGGCUCCCUCCCAGAUGGGGCCCAGCCCUCACAACAACCACUGGGAUCACAGUGCAUAUUCCUAUGAGACGGCUACCUGCAGUGACUCAGACUCCCAGUCCAGCAGUUCCCAGUAUCCAGACUACCCCUACAGCCCCUCCCCACCAUCGGAGCGGAGAAGUAGGGAGACCAGUGAGACACUGCCCCUCACUCCGCUUUCAGGAAAAAGGAAGGAGCGCUUGUUCCAGUUCCUGUUUGAGAUGCUGGAAACCCCAUCCAUGCGCAGCUGUAUCUGGUGGGUCCAGUCCUCAUCUGGAACCUUCCAGUUCUCCUCCCAGAACAAGGAACGUCUGGCCCAGCUCUGGGGCCACCGCAAGGGAAACCGCAAAACCAUGACCUACCAGAAGAUGGCGAGAGCCCUGAGGAACUACUCACGCACCGGCGAAAUCUGUAAAGUCAAAAGAAAACUGACCUACAAGUUUGACGAGAGAACGUUACGAGGGCUGCAGGGGGACAAACACACACACAUGGGGACACACAGACUAGAAUAAACACACUAACCCCCCACGCACAAAAAGAUACACAUUCUAGGCCACACACACAAAUACAAACUGAGAAUGAACAUGCCUUUUUAGAGCAGCUCUAUAGAAUAAAUACAUCCUUAAUCAAUCCACUGGUACCUUAACAGCCUUUUCUAGGCUUUUCCUUGAUUUCAUUGCUUUAAUAACAUAUUUACUUGGUUUCAUUGUUUAUUGUAUGGCAACAAUUACACAUUCUGUUGUCAUGCCACUAAAUUAAGCAGAGUUAGAUGGAAAAGAAAUCCUGUGGAUUUCAAUUAUCAUGUUGAAAGCUUUUAACAUGCACCUCUAUGGACUUAUAGAGAAUGCUAAUGUGCUAACCCAUCAAGGAACAUACUGAUGAAUACUGAGUAUUUGAAAUAGCAGGAGAGGAGUCAUUAAACACAAGAAGAUUAUGAGAAUUAGACGGAUGAAUGUGUUUUUGUAACAUUGAUGUGCAGAAAUAAGAAUAAGAAAAGAAUAGUAUGUGACUAUGAGAGUACAGUAUUGAUAUUCAUGUUCAAUAUUGACCAUUCCAGUCUGUUGUUGGUAGAUUUGAAAGACAUCUUGUAUCAGCUUGAUGGAUACAUCUUGUCUUUAGCUGGGCUCAGCUGAGAGACCUUGGAUAUUACUUAGCCUACACCUAUCCACAUUUUCAGCAGAAUUCCUGCUAAAUGGUUGGUUCCUUUGAGGCUAUGGACGUCAAGCUGUGGUGAUAUGAAGACAGAAGUCGUCUGGCUUUGAACAUUUGUAAAUCUGAGGAUUGUCUGUAUACAAACCAGCUACUUUAUAAGUAGAUUGAAUGAUUCAUGGAACACAAUGAUUUUGUUAUGAAGAAUAACUUUUUUCUACAUUUUCUACAAGUCUAUGAAAUUAACUUUUUUUCUGUUUUAUAUGAUUGAAUAAAUAUGAACUUAAAAUAACAGUGGCAAUAUAUAUGUAUAAGACUAAAAAACGUUUAAAACACACAGCACAAUGUGUUGCCAAACUACACAGCACCUGCUAUUCCUUCCCCCCUCCUUCCAAGACACACACUGAAACAAACUAACCAUUUUCUCACAAGGCUUUAUGCAAAGUAUGCCUGGGUCAUGAAACCGCCAUUACAACAGUCCUGUUGAUCAACAACAACACCCCCACUAUGAAGCAUGAGUUACUGUAACUAAACACACACACAUGUAAACUAAUAUAUUUUUCCAUAGUCAAAUGUAAAGGCGUGUGAAUAGUGAAACAGAACCAUUCAAAACCGCAAAUAUAGGCACUACUCGAGACAUAUAUCAGUUAAAUAGACAGCAGUGAUACCUCUCCCAAACACCUAGUUUGACCUAAAGCCACAUGGUGGCGCUAGCUUCACAAAAUUGGAUUGUAUGACUCACCUGCAACAGCUUCUUUAUCCCCUCAUCAGUCUGUUCUGCACAAGCAAAAAAAUGUGUUGCCUGAACUACGUAUGUUGCUGUUCUGUCCC